CGCUGUUUUCGUAAAACGAAGUGCCUCCAUGUCCUCAUCCCACAAAAGUGUUUUGCGGUUCGCGUCGGGUUUCAUAAAAGGUUGAUCGCAAGGUUUCUUGUCGCCAAUUGUAGCUCCAUAAAGAAAUCGCCGACCAGAAGGAACCAGUCUCAAGACGUUGCCUCACGAUCGACCAUGAUCAGCAACAGCAACAGCAACGGUACAAAAUCACACUCUAUUCUAUCGAAACCCCUCAGCACGUUGUUGAAGCAGAUGAGCGAAGAGCCAGAUUUUCUUCGAAUAUUCGAAGACGAAGAUUUCGGGGGAAUGUUGCAGCAGUCCAUAGAGCACAUAGGGACGUUUUCAAGAGAUGUCCCAUCCGUUCCCAAAGUUACAGGAACGAAUAUGGAGAGAUCAAUCAAGACUGUCACUUCUGGCCGAUCUUGCUCUGCUUCCACUUGCUGUGAAUUUGUGAACGUCGUUUUGAUAGUCAAUCCAAUCACACGCCAAGUAUGUUGUCCACAACAAACACUAAUCCACAAUUCACAAAAGGCUGUGAUAGGGCCAGCUGUCUUGGACGGCUUUCCGAUCGACACAAUCGAUGGGCUAUCACAGGAGUUCCAACGAAUUGGACCGGACGGACAAGAUAGAGCCCCUGGUUGUGCAACGUCAGAAACGGGUGGUUCUCAAGAAAUCCCUUUGCAAACGCCUUCGCCCGUUACGCAGUCGCAAUACCAUGUAAAGCAUCCUUCGCCUUGCAUAUUGCACUCGAAGAAAUCGAGAGUCUCUCAAACGCUUUCCCUGGCAAAAUUCGACGAAUGCGUUUCAAGUGGUACCCGAUCGCUUUCUCCGUUGCAUAUCGAUCACAUAACUAUACAGAGUGCUUCCUCCGUCAACGCUGCACCACUACGAGCCUUGUCCGCCUACAAUUUUUUCUUUCGUGACGAGCGCCACCGACUUUUACAUGGCGGCGACCAUGAUUGGAGCAACCAGAAACGUCAAGCUCUACUCAAUUUGCACUGGCAUCGAGAUCGGGCGAAAAAACGAAAGCAUCGUAGAACGCACGGCAAAAUCGAUUUUACAACUCUCUCUAAGUGUAUCUCGCAACGAUGGAGGGAUCUUUCGGAAGAAAGUAAGGACUUUUACCGAGACAUAGCGACAGCCGACUGGCAACGCUACCAACAACAAGUCAACCACAUCGCGAGCUUUCGCAUGCAAAACGAUGACUCUUUUCUGCCUGCUGAUUUUUCGAGUGUAGUGGGAUGAGGAAUUCAAGAAACUGUACGCGAAGCAGAAGCCCCUGUACCAGAAAGCCGAGAGCCCAAGAGUUUUCGCUUAUGUUUAUGUUUCAAUUUUUAAGAACAUCACAACGAUCAAUGUCUUGCCUCCGCAUUAGAAUAACCUACCUUGCUCCGGAAAGAAAAGCAAAUCGAAAGGUUUGUACGACCGGUACAACGGUUGUCGCUGGGUCGCUAUGAGGAAUAAACAACCCCAAACCAGGGAAAGGUAGAACUACCACCUGUAAGAUUGGCUUACUGUUCGUUUCUACAUUACAGCCUCGCAAGUUACGAGAAUACUUAGUGGCACAAAUGUUUUUAUUUACUUGAAUUGUUUGAACGAGGCGAAAGUCUUUCUAUAUGUUAGGCAUCGUUCAUUUGGUUGCCUGGAUUCAACUACUCGUUUCUUUGAGG